CGUGCACGCGAGAGCUGGAGUCGCGAGUUUGUGCUCUGCUUUGACUGCUGCUGCUGCUUACGGUAUAUAUAAGGCAGCAUGGCGCCCGCAGUGUUUACGACGACCGACUGAAUCGCAAGAUCGACGUAUUAUAAAAAAAGCGACCCACGAGAUCGAGCAUUUACAUGUACGAUUCUCUAAUACCAAAUCGAAAAUUCUAAUACCAGCAGUAGCGGCACCGACGACCGCAAAGGAGCUCGGGCCACAGUGUGUUGUUACAUCAAACUUCACCGGGCGUUCGUGUACGCGCGAGUGUGUGCGUGUGUACGUGUGUAAACACACACAGAGCCCGUGUACAGUGGGUCUAUCGAUUAUGUACCGCGCUCAGACCGCUCUAGCUCGACGUUAUCCUCGUCCUGCAAAUCCAACUGUGCAUGCGUCUCCGCGUGUGUAUGUGUACGUAAAAGUAUUAUAAUACACUUAUUACCCGGUGCUCCGAUCCUGUAUCGCGCACGAAUCGCACUCGGCACAUAAGUCUUGACUGCUGUAUACAGCCUACAUAUAUAGCAGAUUAUACCACUACUCCAGUACAGUUGACACUUUGGAGAGCAAGAGAGAGAGAGAGAGAGAGCGAGAAAGAUAUAAGUUUGCAAUAGAGAGCUCUCGGAUAAUAAUAUUAUAUCGACAGCAGCGGUAAUUGCGACAUUAUCUGCCAGCAGCGCUCGCAAGACCUUUACAAGUGUGUCUGUGUUGCUGGUGGUGGUGGUGGUGGUGCGCGCAAAAAUUACAUUCGCAUUUCGUAAUUUAUAUUAUUGUGUAUCGUUGAGUGCUGUGUUGUGUUUCUCGUAUACGAUAUUAAAAACGUGUGUACGUCGGUGCAUAUAUAGUUCGGUGCGAUCGUAUAGUAGUGUUUCGUGCAUGCGAGUGUGUUGCUCCGAUUGACUCUUCGUCGAAGCAGAAGCUACUACCGCGUAUAUUAUUCACAUAAAUAUAAUUGAAAAAACUUGAGCCUUCGUCUGUGUCUGUGUGUAUCAUAAUACACGUUAAAUAGCGUCGUGUGCGUGUGUGUUCAAUUGGGUGCGGAUCACAUCAGGCCGUGCGCUGCACUGUCAGCGAUCUCAGCGUUGCGACAACUCAUGAGGGCAUGAGCGCUGGAGGUGACGGCAGCGGCGGCGGACCGGGUGGGGUCCAAGCCGGCAGAAACACGCCGCCCCAUGGAUCGCCCACCAUCAUGGACAAGGCCACGCUCAAGGUUCAUCUUCCGAAUGGCGGUUUCAACAUGGUGAAAUUCGGGGACGCGAUCGACGUCAAGGGCAUCAUAUCGCUGGUCACCACGAGGCUCGCCGCGGGCCCGCGCCACUACAAGAAUCUCUACGCCAUGAGGCUGCACCAUCCGGCCUCGCACGAGUGCCACUGGCUCCAUCAGGACACGACCAUGUACCAGGUCCAGGAGAAGUACGAGAAGCGGCAUCCGCACAGCGAGUGGCGCUACGAGCUGAGGAUCAGAUACCUGCCGCAGAGCCUCAACGAUCUGUACGAGAAGGACCGGGUGACGUUCUUCUACUACUACGAUCAGGUGCGCAACGAUUACCUCACGGCCAAUCACUCGACUCUCGAUCAGGACGUGGCCGUGCAAUUGUGCUGCCUGGAGAUAAGGUACUUCUUCAAGGACAUGCCCCACGUGGCUCUCGAUAAAAAGAGCAAUUUGGAGUAUCUGGAGAGGGAGGUGGGCUUGCAUAAAUUUUUACCUCGCUCAAUCAUCAACACGAUGAAGCCGAAAGCACUUCGCAAGCUCAUACAGCAGCAUUUCAAAAAAGUCACCGCUCUCUCCGAGCUCGAGUGCAUGUUCAAGUUCUUCGACAUUCUCCGGCAGCAUUACAGAUUCGACCAAGAGAGAUUCAUUUGUGCUUUGGGGACAAGCUGGUCGAUACCCGUCGAACUAGUCAUAGGGCCAGAUCUUGGAAUAUCCCACAUGGCUCAUCGCGGCGGUACAAGCCCGACGAGUCUGGCGGAAUUCAAGGCGAUUCAGUCGAUACAGACAUUGGUGUCCGAUUGCACGGAGCACGCCAAAGCUUGCAUCAAACUCCGGGUGGCUGGAGCGGAUGAGAUUCUCAGUAUCACUUGCUCGAGCCUCGACCAAGCGGAAAGUCUGGCGGAUUUGAUCGAUGGUUAUUGCAGAGUCAUGACAAAUAGCAAUACAUCGCUGUGGAAUAGAAAAGCUGCUUCUUGGAAAAAUUAUCCCUGCCCUUGUAAAGAUGCUCAUCCACCAAAGUACAGACAAGACAAGAAGGAGAGUCCAGAGAAAAAAAUUCAUGGAAAAACUGGUACAAUGCUAUCCGAAGAUUACGCGGAGAUAGUAGAUGAAGAAGGUGACUAUUCGACACCAGCAACGCGUGAUUAUGAAAUUGUGAGAAAUCAAGUUGAGCUGGGUGAAAUCAUAGGCGAAGGACAAUUUGGCAAUGUUCACAAAGGUUCUUAUAAAGGCAGAGACGGACAGGUUGUACCAGUAGCAGUGAAAACGUGUAAAGUAGAUGCAGAUCUAGCUACAUCUGAGAAGUUUCUUGAAGAAGCUUACAUAAUGCAGCAGUUCGAGCAUCCGCACAUAAUCCGGCUGGUGGGCGUCUGCAGCGAGGCACCCAUCUGGCUCGUCAUGGAGCUCGCCAAGCUCGGCGAGAUGCGCGCCUAUCUCCAGUCCAACAAGUCCCGACUGGAUCUGGCCUCGCUGCUGCUCUACGCCUUUCAGCUCAGCACCGCCCUGUCCUAUCUCGAGAGCAAGAAGUUCGUGCAUCGCGACAUAGCCGCGCGCAACGUCCUCGUCUCGGCGCACAACUGCGCCAAGCUCGCCGAUUUCGGCAUGUCGCGCUGGGUCGAGGAUCAGUCCUACUACACGGCGAGCAAGUGCAAGCUGCCGAUCAAGUGGAUGGCCCCGGAGAGCAUCAACUUUCGCCGCUUCACCACCGCCUCGGACGUCUGGAUGUUCGGCGUCUGCAUCUGGGAGAUACUCAUGUACGGCGUGAAGCCGUUCCAGGGCGUGAAGAACAACGAGGUGAUCGGCAAGCUCGAGAACGGCGAGAGACUGGCGCUGCCGGGCAACUGUCCGCCCAGACUGUACUCGCUCAUGUCGCAGUGCUGGAAUUACGAGCCGAGCAAGAGGCCGACGUUCAAGGAUAUUAGAGAAAAUUUGCACGAAAUUCUCAUCGAGGAGCGACACCAGCACCAGGAGCACGUCCGGAGAGAGAAUCGAAGGCAGCACGCGAUGUCUUGGGUCGGCGACGACGCCGUGCCCGUGGCGAAAUCCAACAGCGGUGGUCCGCUCAGCCGCCAGACGUCGGCGGAUCAACAAUCGUCCGCGGCAACGGUGGGUGGUGACCAGACGGCGCCCGUCUCGACCUACAUCGUCGCCCAGAGCCCGGAGGUGCUGGCCCAGCUGAUGAAGGAGAGCCAGGCGCGCGGGGUAUGUCCCUCGGUCUACACGACACCCGCGACCCCCUUCAAUUCUCUGGCCGUGCAGUUCCAGGACGAGGAGGACAAGCUCCUCACCACCACGGCCUGCGUGGCCGAUCUGCCCUUUGCCGAUCCCUGCCCGAGUAGUAGUGCUAGUAGUAGUAGUAAUAAUCCGGAGCAGCAGCAGCAGCAACAAAUCUCUUCCUCUGCCACUGCUGCCGCUGCUGCCUCCGAAGCGAAUCUCGACUCGAUCGAGUCGACUACCGAUACGACCGUGUCCUCGUUCCUCUCGAGCUUGAGUCUCUCGGAGAAUAACUGCCAGCAGCAGCAGCAUCAGUCGUCGUCGUCGUCGCCCGCUCGCAAACAAGUUACCGAUCUCUACACGCCGGUGCAGAAGCUGCAGCAGCAGCCCUGCUCGGCCGAGAUGAUCUACGGCCCCGUGGCCGGUUUCAGUCAGAGCUCGGUGAUCGUCGGCAGUCUGAGCCAGAGCCCGAGCCUCGUCGGCAACAUGUCCGAGGCCGAGCCACCGCCGCCACCCGAACCGACGACGACGACGGUGACGAACGGUGGUGGUGGCGGCGGCUGCGUCGUCGGCAAUCUGCCCUAUCCCGCGGUCGAGAAGCUUUACGGUCCGGUCAUGAAAUUCCGGCCGAGCGGCCGUCAUCAGCAGCCGCCGAAUUUCAAUCAGCCGUCGCAGAUUUACUCGGCCACGAAUUAUCAGCAGCAACAGGCCAGACAGGCCGGCCCGAUGUACAGUCCUGCCGCUGUGCAGAGGAUGCAACAACAACAGCAACAACAACAGCAACAACAGCAACAAUGCCCCCCGAGCUACGGUCAGAAUCCACUGGUGCAGACGCAUUACGCUCGUCAAUGCGCCGUACCGCAGCCGGGCCAGGUCUACGUGGCCAGUAGUAGUCAGACCGCUGCCGCGGCUGCUGUUGCCUCGUCGUCUGCCUCGGCUGCCGAUCUCCAUUAUCAUCAUCAGCAGCAUCGUCAGGAAGACUUGGGUUUUGAGCAGCAGCAACUGCAGCAGAGAAACGGGCUGAAAUUCGAGACUCAAGCUGAGUUCAAUCAGCGCAUCGAGGAAGAGCAAAAGUUUCUGGAGCAACAAUUGCUCGAGCAGCAGCGUCAAUCGGAGGAGGACGGUCGAUGGCUCGCGAGAGAAGAGAAACGACUGUCGAUCGCCACCAGCGGCGACGAGUCGAGCGCCAGUCCGCCGGUGCCUCGCUCGGUCACUCAAUCCCCGAGCCUGCUGCACAUGCCCGACACCACGACGAGCCACUCCAACACCGGCUCGCUGGGCUCGGACAAGAGCCAAUCGUCCUCCACCGAGCACGGCAAGAUCAUCGUCGUGAAGAAGAUGGAGCCGACGCCCACCGCCGAUCUCGAUCGCAAGAACGACAAGGUGUACGAGUGCACGACGAGCGUGGUGCGCGCCAUAAUGGCCCUGUCGCAGGGCGUGCAGCAGGCCCGGGUCGAUCAGUAUCUGGAGUUCGUGCGCCGGGUCGGGAUCGAGCUGAGAUCCCUGCUGGCGUCGGUGGACGGCCUCGUCGAGAUCCUGCCCACGACGGCGCAUCGCGAGGUCGAGAUGGCCCACAAGGUGCUGAGCAAGGAUAUGGCCGAGCUCGUCACGGCCAUGAAACUCGCCCAGAGCUACAGCAGCACCACCCUCGACGGAGAGUAUCGGAAGGGUAUGCUAUCGGCGGCACACGUACUGGCCAUGGACGCGAAAAAUCUCCUCGACGUAAUCGACUCGAUUCGCAUUCGCUAUCCGUACGUCGAUCAGCAGAUAUGUCAGCGGCAGCUGUAUCACAACAACGACGGAUCAUCCCUGAACGCGAGAAACGUCGUGCAGCAGCUGGUCGGCGGCGGCAGCGUCGAGAGCCGGCUGCGAUCGAGCCAGUCGGGCGAGCACUUCUUGAGGAGGAGCCAGUCGACCGAGAGACAGAACACGGGCUUCCGGCAGAGCCAGAGCGGCGAGCUGCUGCACAGAAUGGGCCAAUCGAUGGAGCGUGGCUCUCAAAGCUACCUCGACUCCAGCGGCGGCAGCGGCAUGUCGAGUCUCGAGCGUCGCCACCAGCUGGUCAACAGUCUCGAGCGCAACUCGACGGCGCGCCGUCAACGCUCCACGAGCAGCCUCGAGCGCAAGCGGCCCUCGCUCUCCUGCGCCGGCAGCUCGAUGAAUCUGCCGCCGGUGCCGGUGGCCUGCAGCAUCGUCCAGACCAAGACGCCCAUCAUUCACCAGACGAGUCUGUCGUCGGCCACCGAGUUCAAUCUCAAGAACAACUCGUCGUCGUCGGGCAACAACUCCGCCGCCGGGGCCGACAACAACAGCUAGCACGCGGCCGACGUGAUGCGCGACUUCGCGCUCUGGCUGCAGAAAUGAUCGAUAACGCGACAGCAGCCAGGCGGCACCGAGAGGCUCGAUUGAUUAUUUUUUUUUAAAAAAUUAUGGCACUUUGCUAAAGAGAGCCUCUUUGCGCGCCGAGCUUCUGUCACGCGUGUAACCGAUUUUCACAGUUUUCUCCGUGAAAUUUGUACAUAAUUGUAAUUGUAUUAUGCGGGCGUCAGCCACGGAGAAGUCGACACCGGGCUCGAAGAAACAACUCGUAUUUUAACGAUCUUACGAUAGUCAUUUUUUAAGGGUGAUUGUUUUGUAAUUGCUAAAUGUUCGGUUACACUAUAAUACAACCUCGUUGCUGUAUAAUUUAUAUACCAAGCGUAUGAAGAAAAAAAACAAAACACGUACUUAUACGUAAUAUAUAGGACAGUAUUCAAAUAGUAGUAGUUAGUAAUGCGCUGCAUCGCGAUGUACGAUUAAUUCUUCCAAAUCGCAAAUUACGUUACGCUAACGAUCGUGAUUCCAAAGUUUAGAUCUAUAAAUGAUGAUGCGAUAUAAUAUAAUAAUAUAAUAUACACUUGUGUUGGGUGAUAUGAAUGUUGUUUUUUUAGGCAUAUACCGAUUUUCUUUUUUACUUAGCAUUUUUAAAAUUUUGCGUCGUAUUAAGAAUUGUAAUUUUUACUCAUCGAAACGUUUUUCGAGUAGUCAGUGCGAUAUGUGAAAACGGUAUAUCCAUUAAUAGUAAAGUAUACAGAAAAAUAAUCGUUUCGAGCAUGAUGUAAAGAAAAAAAAAUAUCGAGCUCUCAGAGGAGUUCACGGACUAACGUGUUAAUUCACGCAAAAUAAACUAAACCAUAACGAUACCGAAAAUAAAUAUAGACGGUAUAAGUAAUAAGAGCUAUAAGCCAAUAACCAUUGCAAUAAAAGCGUGACAAAAAGACUCUUUUCCUUGCUCGCGUGAGUAACCGACACUACCAGCUUAUGAAGAGGACAUGGUUAUUCGAGAUAUUUUACAUAAAUGUGAAAAUAUUAUAACAUUAAAAUAAAUCGAUGAGUUUGGACAAAUAAUCAUCAUUGCUAUACGUAAUAUUUGCUACAGUUCCUAUCUCGAAUAUUCAUUAUUUCAUUAUUCCUCAUAUCAUCUCGAUAUAUAGAUGUUAUAGUAUCGAUCUAACCCAUUAAAAACCAUUAAGAGGCUUUGCAAUUAAUACACGAAUAAAAUAAUAUUUUUAAAUAAAAACGGUAGCACUUUAUACGAGCGAAAGUUAUACACACACACACCUUCGAGUCUCGAUAAUUGAAAGUACAAAUUCGUGCUAUGAAAAAUUAUUUAAUGAUGAUGUUUCGAAUUGAUCAUUUUUGUAUUGCGUAUCAUAUGGUUAGAUUGAACUUGAAAUUCAAUUUUAUGUAAAAUUACAAAAUAACGAAUUUAAGCUGACUCGUCUGUUUGAUUUGUUUAGAAUAUUUGUAAAUUUGUGUAAAUGUUAGUAUGUAUUAUUACAUAUGAAUUAUCAACUAUGAUUGUUAACUUAUACAGAAUAAAUUACACUUCAAAUUCA